AUGUCGUCAAGUGAAAACCAGGCGAGUGCAGCGCCUGAACAGCUUGCGAAUGCCGUGAAGGAUAUGAGCGUGAAUUCCAAACCUGAUAAGAAAGCAAAAGGCGGAGGUGCGGGUGGCAUGCCGCUCGAAUUCGAGCCACGUCCAGCCUUCUUCCAGGCCCGCAUUGACAUGUUUGAGCGCAUCAAGGCGGAGCAGGAUUCUGCGCGCGCUGCUGCGGAGCGCAAGCCCAUAACAAUCACCAUGCCAGAUGGCUCGACGCGCGAAGGUUUAUCCUGGGAGACGUCGCCUAUGGACAUUGCCAGGGCGAUUUCCAAGAGCCUGAGCGAGCGCAUUGUGAUUUCCAAGGUGAACGGUCAGUUGUGGGACUUGGAGCGUCCUCUGGAGGGAGACGUAACAUUGGAGCUGCUUGACUUUGACCAUCCUGAGGGAAAGCGUGUGUUCUGGCACUCUUCUGCCCACGUUCUCGGUGAGGCGGCUGAACGACACUAUGGCUGCCAUUUGUGCAUUGGCCCGCCCACAGACGAAGGCUUCUACUAUGAGAUGGGUAUGGGUGAUAGUGGUGAUCGUGCCGUUCGCUCUGAGGACUUUGAUCCCCUUGAAAAGUUGAUCAAUCUGGCUGUGAAGGACAAGCAGACGUUUGAGCGUGCGGUGCUGACCAAGGAGCAGCUUCUGGAGAUGUUCAAGUACAACAAGUACAAGGUCCACAUUAUCAACUCCAAGAUCCCAGAUGGCACCUCUACUACCGUGUACCGCUGCGGUCCGAUGAUUGAUUUGUGUGUUGGCCCGCACAUUCCGCACACAGGCCGCAUCAAAGCCAUGACGGUCCUCAAGAACUCGGCCUCGUACUUCUUGGGUGACCAGAAGAAUGACUCGCUGCAACGUCUGUAUGGUAUUUCUUUCCCUGAUAAGAAGCAGAUGACUGAAUACAAGCACUUUUUGGCCGAGGCCGCCAAGCGCGACCAUCGCCGCAUCGGCCGUGAACAAGAGCUGUUCAUGUUCCACGAGCUGAGUCCUGGCAGCUGUUUCUGGCUGCCGCACGGUGCGCGUAUCUACAACACAUUGCAGGAGUUUAUUAAGGGCGAGUACCGCCGGCGCGGCUUUGACGAGGUCAUUACGCCGAACAUGUACAAUUCGAAGCUGUGGGAGACGUCGGGUCACUGGGCCAACUACAAGGAUGAUAUGUUUGCGCUGUCUGUCGACAAGGAGACGUUUGCACUGAAGCCCAUGAACUGCCCCGGUCACUGUCUCAUGUUUGGCAGUCGCGAUCGGUCGUACAAGGAGCUGCCACUGCGUCUUGCCGACUUUGGUGUAAUUCACCGCAACGAGGCUAGUGGUGCUCUGAGUGGUCUCACGCGUGUGCGCCGCUUUGUUCAGGAUGAUGCGCAUAUUUUCUGCCGUGCGUCGCAGAUCGAGGAUGAGAUGAUGCACUGCUUCGACUUCCUGCAAACUGUGUACGGCCUGUUUGGCUUCACGUUCAAGAUGGAGCUGUCAACGCGCCCUGAGAAGCACCUUGGUGACGUUGCCACAUGGGAUGCCGCUGAGAAGCGCCUGGCGUCUGCGCUUGACCGCUUCGUGCCCGGCCAAUGGGAACUGAAUCCUGGUGACGGUGCGUUUUACGGUCCCAAGAUCGAUAUUACGAUCAGCGAUGCCAUGCGCCGCCAGCACCAGUGUGCUACGAUCCAGCUCGACUUCCAACUGCCGCAGCGCUUUAACCUCGAGUACAAGACGCCGCAAGGCGGCGCUGAUGGCGAGAACCAGACAGAGCGUCCAGUCAUGAUCCACCGUGCUGUCGUUGGCAGUCUUGAGCGCUUUAUUGCCAUCUUGAUUGAGAACUUUGCCGGCAAAUGGCCAUUCUGGCUCUCACCGCGCCAAGUGCUGGUUGUGCCAGUGACGCAGUCGGUGUACGAGUAUGCACAGGAUGUGCGCAGCACCCUGUGGGACCACGGUUUCUACGCGGAUGUUGAUCUGUCAGACAACACGCUCAACAAGAAGAUCCGCAACGGCGAACUUGCGCAAUACAACUUUGUGUUCGUCGUUGGCCACGAAGAGAAGGAGAGCCGCAGCGUCAACGUCCGCAACCGCGACACGGAUCCCAAGGUAGCCAAGGGCAAGACCGAUACCAUUCCCCUGGACGUGGUCCUGUCCCAGCUGCAGCAGCUCAAGUCGUCACGUGCCAUAGACAACCAGCUGCCGUAG